AUGCCGGGGUUUGAGGAAGAAAUUUUACCGAAUUCUUCGCCAAAUUAUAACGAUCUGAUUGAGUCCACGGACCUCUUUGGUUGGCAGGCAGACCUUGCUGAAGGUCAGUCAAUAGAUUACCGCGAGUUUGAAGCGGAGACUGAAAUAUCUCCGUACGAAUUCGCCUCUCCGCUGACCUAUACCGCUUUUGUGCAUUCGGACAUUGAAUUUACCGUGCUGUUGUCAGCCGCCGCGCACACGCUCUCGGCCGAGGCCAAAGUCCUGCCUGGAGGCAACGUUGAGUUGUGGGGCAUGCUGGUGGUAACGUUGAUGGUCAUGGUUAAAAAACAACAAAAUGUAGACGAGGUCCCGGGAGCCGGCGUGCCGCAGCUAUAG